ACACAGGAUAGGGAGCUCUCAGUGCUAGGCUUCCCCUUGCUGACAAGCAGGUCUCUUCAACUUUGCCCUCUGCUGCUUAAUAAUAGCUUGAGAUCCUGAAAUUCUCCUUUUGCUUCAAUGCUUUCCUCCUGUAUUUAUUUUCAGGUUGAAAUAUUCCAGUCAGUAGAUUUGAUAAAGUGUGUCUGUGUGUGUCCCUUUUUUUUAACAAAAAGGGGAAAACAAUAUGCUUCCUAGUCAGAGCUGAGAUAAGGGAGGGGUUGUUUAAUGGUAGCGGAGCGGCUGGUGGGAGCCGCGGCUCUGCUCCGGUGCCUGCGGUUGAUUCAUGCUGGGACAGCUCUUUGUGAAGCUGAGGGCGAAGGGGGCUGCCGGCUGGGGCUGUGAGUGAGGAGGAGAUGGAACGCUUCUUGGGCUUUGUCAAGCAGAUACGAAGAUCGAGGAGAAGAAAAGGCAAAAAGUACCGGCCAGAGGAGGAUUACCAUGAGGGCUAUGAGGAUGUCUACUAUUAUGCCUCAGAACAUUUUCGAAAUGAGAGUCCUUACACAAAAUCUGCAAACCAGGCAAAGGCACCUGAUGGAGCACUGUCUGUGAGGAGACAGAGUAUUCCAGAGGAAUUCAAGGGCUCAACAAUAGUUGAAUUAAUGAAAAAAGAAGGCACCACCCUAGGGCUCACAGUAUCGGGUGGUAUCGACAAGGAUGGGAAACCAAGAGUAUCUAACCUUCGUCAGGGAGGAAUCGCUGCUAGGAGUGACCAGCUGGAUGUAGGGGACUACAUCAAAUCUGUGAAUGGAAUCAACCUGACCAAAUUUCGCCAUGAUGAGAUCAUCAGCCUGCUCAAGAAUGUUGGUGAAAGGGUUGUGUUAGAAGUGGAGUAUGAGCUGCCUCCGGUCUCUGUACAAGGGUCAGGUCUCGUCUUUAGAACUGUGGAAGUUACUUUACAUAAAGAGGGGAACACUUUUGGAUUUGUAAUAAGAGGUGGAGCACACGAUGACAGAAAUAAAUCUCGUCCUGUAGUAAUAACAUGUGUCAGACCUGGAGGGCCUGCUGACAGAGAGGGCACCAUCAAACCUGGGGACAGGCUGCUGAGUGUGGAUGGGAUCCGGCUGUUGGGAACCACGCAUGCUGAAGCCAUGAGCAUUCUGAAGCAGUGUGGGCAGGAGGCGACUCUGCUGGUGGAAUACGAUGUCUCGGUGAUGGAUUCAGUAGCAACAGCUUCUGGGCCACUGCUAGUUGAAGUUGCCAAAACUCCUGGUGCUGCUCUUGGGGUCGCACUAUCUACCUCGAUGUGCUGCAACAAACAGGUCAUUGUCAUAGACAAAAUCAAAUCUGCAAGUAUUGCAGACAGAUGUGGUGCAUUACAUGUAGGAGACCAUAUUCUGUCCAUUGAUGGCACCAGCAUGGAGUACUGUACACUGGCGGAAGCAACGCAGUUUUUGGCUAAUGCAACUGAUAAUGUCAAACUGGAGAUCCUUCCCCACCACCAGACACGGCUAGCACUGAAGGGCCCAGAGCACGCAGCUCUGGUGUCUUCAUCCUUCUCUCCUACCUCCAUGAGUGCAUACAGCCUGAGUUCCCUGAACAUGGGGACCUUGCCUCGCAGCCUCUACUCCACCAGCCCACGGGGGACAAUGAUGAGGCGGAGGAUGAAAAAGAAGGACUUCAAAAGCUCCUUGUCUUUAGCCUCUAGCACUGUUGGUUUGGCUGGGCAGGUGGUCCACACAGAAACCACAGAAGUGGUGCUGACAGCUGACCCCAUAGUGGGGUUUGGGAUACAGCUCCAGGGUAGCGUGUUUGCUACUGAGACCUUGUCCUCUCCACCCCUCAUUUCCUACAUUGAGGCUGACAGUCCGGCGGAAAGGUGUGGGGUGCUGCAAAUAGGAGACAGAAUAGUGUCAAUAAAUGGUGUCCCAACAGAAGACAGCACAUUUGAUGAGGCCAAUCAACUGCUCAGAGACUCCUCCAUCACCAACAAGGUCACUUUGGAAAUAGAAUUUGAUGUUGCAGAAUCAGUUAUACCAAGCAGUGGAACAUUUCAUGUGAAACUACCAAAGAAGCAUAAUGUGGAACUUGGCAUCACCAUAAGUUCUCCAUCAAGCAGAAAACCAGGGGACCCUCUGGUUAUUUCUGAUAUCAAGAAAGGAAGUGUUGCUCACAGGACUGGGACACUGGAACUGGGUGAUAAGUUGCUGGCAAUAGAUAAUAUUCGACUUGACAACUGCUCCAUGGAAGAUGCUGUCCAGAUCCUCCAGCACUGUGAGGACCUUGUAAAGCUAAAGAUCCGCAAGGACGAAGAUAAUUCCGAUGAACAGGAGAGCUCUGGAGCAAUUAUUUAUACUGUUGAGCUCAAGCGCUAUGGUGGCCCUCUUGGAAUUACAAUCUCUGGUACUGAAGAGCCCUUUGAUCCCAUAAUCAUUUCCAGCCUUACAAAAGGAGGAUUAGCUGAAAGGACUGGGGCAAUUCACAUAGGAGACAGAAUCCUAGCAAUAAAUAGUAGCAGUCUGAAAGGAAAACCUUUGAGUGAAGCCAUUCAUUUGUUACAGAUGGCAGGAGAAACUGUCACCUUGAAAAUCAAGAAGCAAACAGAUGCUACCAGUCCCAAGAAAUUUUCUGUGCCUGUGGGUCACGUGAGUGAGCUGAGUGAUGCUGAAGAUGAAAGCUCUGCUGCACAGAAAUCUGGCAAGCUCUCAGACAUCUAUUCCACUGCAGUGCCAAGUGUGGACAGCGCAGUGGAGUCCUGGGAUGGCUCUGGUAUUGAUACCAGCUUUGGAAAUCAAGGACACACCUAUCAGGCUUCAGGCUACAACUUCAAUGCCUACGAGUGGAGGAGUCCCAAGCAGGGCAGUUUGUCCCCUCCCGGCAAACCACGCAAUCACCCGUUCCACGAUCCAGGACUCAGUGACGACGAGUGGGACCGACCUGCAGCAAGCACCACAGCUUCCAAGAAUGCGUGGCAACAGAAGGAGACUGAGACAUUGGGAGAGAAUCAAGAAAACCAUUUAAAGCAAACAUCUGUAGAAAGAUCAGGUGGAGAGAGCAUCAGGAGCGUGAAGAAAGAGGGAAAGAUGUGGAAAGGUGCCUCUGGAGGGCAAAGGAAAGGUGGGGGACAGCUGGAAGAGUGGAAUACUUCCAGCUUCACAGGUACCCAUGAUAACACCGAGGCUGACCAGGAGGAAAAUUUCUGGUCUCAGGCUCUGGAGGAUUUAGAGACCUGUGGCCAGUCAGGAAUUCUGAGGGAACUAGAGGACAAGGCUGACAGGCGUCUGUGUUUGAGAAACAUGACUCUCUUGGCCACAAUCAUGUCAGGAAGUACAAUGAGUUUGAAUCAGGAGAACCCACAGCCACGUAACCAUCUGGGAAGACAAGCCAGCUUCCAGGAAAGAAGUUCUGUAAGGCCACAUUACAGUCAAGCUACUCGUAGCAACACAUUACCAUCAGAUGUGGGGAGAAAGUCCAUGGUUCUGAGAAAAUUUAAGCAAGAAAUGAAAGAAAUCAUGUCACCAACUCCUGUGGAGUUACACAAGGUAACUUUGUACAAGGACUCUGAUGGAGAAGACUUUGGGUUCAGUGUCUCAGAUGGUUUAUUGGAAAAAGGAGUGUAUGUUAAAAACAUUCGACCAGCUGGCCCUGGUGAUCUGGGAGGUUUAAAACCAUAUGACAGACUUCUACAGGUAAACCACGUUCGCACCAGAGACUUUGACUGCUGUUUGGUUGUGCCCCUCAUCGCAGAAUCUGGCAAUAAGCUGGAACUGGUCAUUAGCAGGAACCCCCUGGCAUCCCAGAAAGGAGGCUCAGACCAGCACCCUGCAGGGAGCGGGGAGUGGAGCGACCCCAGCGCCGCCUUCCUGCAGCAGAGCGCGCACAGCAGCGCCGGCACGGAGACACGGGACCCCACAAACACCUUAUAGCAGGAACCACUGCGGCAGGACACCCGGCAACUACAGACAAUUAUGGUGCUAAAUCCAUGCAGGAGUGCUCUGAGAUUGAGGCUCAGAUGCUGUACAGCACUGAAAAGCACAGGAGGUCAGUUGGUCUGUCUCAAGGCUUCUAUUAAUCCACGGUUACUUUGGAAAUAGUUUCAUUCUUCAUUAAGUCAUUUUCCAUUCUAAGCAAUCUAGGAUUAGUAACAGUAAAAAAAAAAAAAAAACACAUAAGGGCCUUUUUUUUCCCCCAAUAAGAAACUGGGGAGAUGUUUUAAACAUGAUCUAAAUGUUCUUCUCCCUUCAGCAACAGCAGCUGUUUGAGGGAAAAACAUGGAGUUAACCUCUGUUAACAGUAGUGUCCAGGUUAUGGUGUUUUUAAAAAUCCUUUUAUGAGGAAGGUGCUGCUGUCUGAUGGACAAGGAAGAGUGUUUUACUGCACUGGGUUUUCCUUGCAAAUGGCUACAUCUCUGAUUUUGGAAACCUUUAUUCGCUGGCGAGAAGGGUGCACUCAUUAGACAUAGCAGGGUUUAGAUGUUAUAACAAAAUGCUUGCAGGAAGCUGCAGUCUGCAUUGAACAUUGCUCCCCACUUCAGCAAACUUUGUUAGAACAUUUGUUACUCCCUAUGCAAUGAAAUAUUUAAUGGUAUGUCUUGCAACCUGUGGGGAUUUUUAAGCAGAGACUUUUUUAGUGGGAUAAAACCUCUGACAAGGGAUUACUGAAAAGAGUGGAACUGAAAUGAGUUUAGACAAAUUAGAAAGGUUUUUUUAAAAGAAAAUGGCUUUUUUAAAAUUAUGUCAGUGGAGAUUGAUACAAAAGCUCUUUAAUGAUCCAUAAACCUGUAAACUUGUACUGUCACACAUGAGCUUUUUAAGUCAAUCAGUUUCUUGAAGGAAGAAAGGUCCUAUUUAAUAUGCUUUGUUUUCAGUCUUCUUUAUGAUUAACAUUACCCCCUGCCACGCAUUUUUAGAAUAUAAAAUUGUAAAUAUAUUUUACAAACACAUCACACAAAUUGUCUCCUCUCCCCUCUUCUCCCAAGCAAUAAAAUACUGCCAGUUGCUUUAUAUGCUCACCAGCAGCUGCAUUGGUUUAUUCUGGUAUUCAAGUUGUUAUUGGUAAUUAUUGUUAUUGGUGAAUAUAAAGAUACUGGAUUUGUACAUUUGUAGAGUCUCCAUAUCUAAGCAAUCACCUUACAGAGUUGUUUCUGGUCAAUUUAAACUGUUUAAUGUAUCCCUGUUGCUGUUUCCAAUACAUAAACAAGCUCACCUGCCCUGCACACACACGAGUAGCUCUGAUUUCUAUUUCAGCACUGCCAGAAAAGGUCAGAAUGACAUUAUAGGCUGAAUCAUGUAAAAAAAAAAAAAUCAACAAAACAAAAACUCCAAGGUUCAUGAGUCACUUAAAUAUGUAUUUUUAUUUGUAACAAAUAAGUAUUAAACUGUAAAGUAUUUUUGUACAAAUUUAAUACUUUAAUAGCAUGAUAUUUAUCGUCUAUGUUAUGUUUUUUGAAAUUCAAACUGUUGCAAAUAUUUGUAUGGAAAAACUGUAUAAAUUGAAAUAAACAGUGAUUUGAAGACAUUAAAAAUGAGGUAGAGUUUUUCUACUUCAUAUUUUUCCCAUUUUUUUCCCCACAGUUUUAGAAAAAAAUACCAUUUUUAUAUUUGUGGUAUACUUUUUCCUACCAUAUGUGAAAAGAAAAAAUUGUUGAAGGUAAGCAGGUUGUCCACAUUUUAGUACAAUGUGUCUGAUGUUUGGUUGAACAUUCAAUUUAUUAAUUUCAAAACUGCAAUGCAGCAAGUCCCAAAGCACACAUGAGAAAGCUAAAAGUGGAAUGUUAUUUCAGCUCUGAUUUGGAGUUUUGCUUUUCUUACCAAGAUCAUCAUCAGCUAUCAUAAUCAACUAUUAGCUAAAGCAGCAAUGGCAAGUUCUACAUCAUAGAAAAAGUUUUCUAUGUCACUGAUUGCAACUUUCUUGUUAUGCCUAUAACAAGAUUAAAACCCAUGAU